CAUAGCACUCAACGGUACCGGGACAUCUGCCUAGCAUGUGAAGAACGGUGCUUCAAAAUUGCCCUCCAGCUGUCAACUGGCACCAGCCAAAGAAAUCCAUGUUCCAAAUUAGCGACCCCUAAAUUUUCGGAAAAUGGAACGGAAUACUAUGAAUUCCUCCUUGUGGUUAUUCGUAUAUUUUAUUGCAAUGUUACGUCUCGUUGAGGCCAAUCAGAAGCCAAACAUUGUCUUCAUUCUUGUGGACGACCUGGGAUGGGCUGACGUGGGCUUCCACGGAGCCACGCAGAUUGCCACACCCAAUAUCGACGCCUUGGCUGCGGAUGGUAUCAUUCUGAAUAAGUACUACACGCAAUCUCUAUGUACCGGUACAAGAGUUGGCUUGAUGACAGGAGUGUAUCCCUACAGGACAGCUCUUGCCAAAGUCUUGUACCACUCACAAGCCAAAGGUCUCCCCCUGAUAUUCCAGACCCUUCCGGAGCAUCUCAAGGCAUUGGGAUACGACACGCAUUUCGUCGGAACGUGGGGCCUCGGAUUCUACAAAAUCGCCUUCACUCCAACAAGACGAGGGUUUGACUCGGCUUACGGAAAAUGGACGGGAGCUUCCGACUACUGGACACACGUUGCUACUGACGACAUACGGACGUACAAGCAGGGCUUCGACUUCCGCCACAACGAUAGCCUACUGUGGAACGCCACUGGCAUCUAUUCAACUACGCUCUUCACCAAUCAUGCAGUCAACCUCAUCCAACGGCACGACAAGUCCAAGCCGCUGUUCCUCCUGUUUUCUCACCAGGGGGUUCACACUGCCAAUUUCAGGGGCCACGUGCAAUCCCCGGGUGAAUACGUAAUGGAAUUCCGUCACCUUAAAAACAGGAAGAGGGCCACGUUUGCUGGAGCAUUAACGGAAGUUGACAUCUCUGUCGGCCGUGUCUUUGAGGCCCUCUACGACAACGACAUGCUCAACAACACCAUCUUGGUCUUUAGCUCCUCUAACGGUGGAAAACCCGUUGGAGAAGUCACUUGCAACCUCUCGUUCAACUCUCCUCUACGUGGUACUAAAGGAACUUACUUCGAAGGCGGCGUCCGCGUCCCGGCCUUCAUCUGGAGCCGUCUGCUCAACAGCACCAGACGGGUGUCCAAACAGAUGAUGCACGUCACGGAUUGGCUGCCAACGCUUUACGUCGCAGCAGGCGGCAACAAGAUGAACUUGGGCACCGCGGCUACACUCGAUGCCGUUGACAUGUGGGCGGCUCUGAACGACCCGGUCAUGCCAUCUCCACGCUACCAGAUCAUUCACAACAUGGAUUUGGCUAGGCAUUCUUUCGCCAUCACCUACAAGAACCACAAGGGUAUCUUUCAAGAGAAGGAAGUUCCUCGGUUCAGUGGCUGGUAUCCCGUUCCCGGUCCGCAGCCCAGAAGCCAAUGCUACAUAUAUCGAGCCACUAAAGGCAUUGCCUUCAAGGUCCUUCGGAAACUUCACGGCAGAAAAUUCAUUCUUUCUGAUCCAACAAAACAAGGUUCAAUACUCGAAUGUCCAACAAUAGAAGGCGCAAAUCCAUGCAACGUCACAGAAUCUCCAUGUCUCUUUGACUUAGACACGGACCCUUGCGAACAGGACAACGUGGCUGACAAGAAUCCAAAGAUUGUCCAAACACUGACAGACAUCGUGGCCAAGGGCACAAGUUACGUACCCUGGGAAGGAGAGCUGAUACCGGACUUGGACUGCGACCCAGGAGUGUUCGGAGGUGCUUGGGUUUCUUGGAGGGACCCACGUUAUGAACGCUACGCGUUGAGGAAGCGAGGGUUUCGCAAGGUCUUCGACACUGACUACGAAUCUGGCUAAAGCAUGUCUAUGCUACAUCGUUUGUGUCACAAUAGAAAUUUGGCAGCCCGC